AUGAUUAGGUUAACUAAUAGAGUAAUUAAUUAAAAAAUAUCAAUACCGAGGUUUUAGAAAAUACUAAAAAUUCAAAAAUGUAUUAGGAGAUGUUUAAAUUUAUGGUUCCAAAAAAUAAAAUUUAAUUCAUGGAAGGAGAAGGAAAAUAAGCGCUUCUGGUCAUGCCUUUGUUUAAGACCCUAGUAGCCAAUUUAUUGCGGCAUGUAGAGGGUCAAAAUGGCUAUCAGUCUCAGAAGCCCAUAGGGAUUUACCCCCUUUGGUGGAUGGACUGACGUAUUGAUAAACAUUAAACUGAGUUAUGACGCACCAUAUUACAUAUUAUUAUUAUUAUUUAUGGUUCCAAAAUCGCCAUCACUUAAUUUUAAUAUUUAAAGUGCAAAAUAAUUCAUGAUGUAAGCAGUCUUGGAAUAAAAAUUUGAUAAGUUACUAAAGCCAAAUCUACUUAAAGACAAUUUUUGGAUCAAAAUAGUUUAUAUUUUACAAGAGAAGACUAAUAAAGUUAUCAAAUAGUCUAAUUUGAUUUAUUAAGGCACAAGAGAUGGAUUAAAUAAUUAAUAAUAUUGGAAUAAAGUGAAUGGUAAAGGUAACUUACUAAUGAUAUUUAAAUCCAAAAGUUAUUAUAUCUUUGGAGCAUACUCUCCUUGUAAAUGGGAAUCAUGUAAUGGUAAAUAUAUAGAAGAUAAUACAUUAUCAUCUUUUAUAUUUUCAUAAACUCAUGAUUAAGUUUAUCCUUUGAAGUAAGAUUAAAAAUAAAAUGCUAUUUAUUGUAAUUCAAGUUCUUAUGGACCUGUAUUUGGAGGUGGAUUUGAUAUUAUAAUAGAUAGUAAUUUUACUGAUGGAUAUUGUAAAUUAGGUUCUUCCUAUUAAUUUGAUUAAUACAAAAAUGGAAGUGAGGAUCCAUAUUUAUUUGGAUAAAAUAAACCAGAAAUAACAGAAUGUGAGAUAUAUGAAUUAUAAUUUGUUUGA